AUGGUUUUCCAAAUAAUCCUGAUAUUCUACAUUUCUUCUUUCCUCCUCUCCUCACUUAUGAUUCCCUACUAUCUCUUUCUCUAUCAUCAAACAAACCAAUAA